AUGAAUGCCACUCCAGCGCUUGGAUAUGCGCCUGGCAUCUCGAUGGCCCCGCAAGAACACCAAGCCUCUCCAACAGCGGCCAGCUUUGGCUCCAAUAACCCCUUCCGAAACCGCGCUUUUACGCCCUCAGUUGGUGGAUCUAUCUCGUCGAGCAACCGCCCGGAACGCCCACGCUCUACAAACCCGUUCCUAGACGACACAGAGGUGAUGUCUCCGCAGUCAGCCCCUGGCAUGUCGACUGGUGUCAGCAUGAUCUCUCCGAUAGAUCAAAACGAUAUGUCAAGCAACACUCGGGAUCUUUUUGAGGCCCUCUCCCUCAAGCCUGCUCUGCCCGCGCCAUUUGAUGUAACCCAACGCACUGCCUCGAACCCCAACAGACCCCGAAGGGAGCGCCCGGAGCGUCCAUCAGGACCAUCGGCGGCACCGAAAGAGAAAGAUCUGCUCGAUAUAUUUGCCGAUCCCCCCACUUCGUCCCAAACUGCCAAAGACAAGGCGCCACGUCGUCCCCGGCGGAACUCGGAGUCGUCGGUAAUGGACCGAAGCUCGAAGUUGUUAGAUUUUGACGACGAUGACGACGAUGACGAGAAGCGCCAACGCGAACGGCGCCAUCGCGAGAGUCGUAGCAAAGAUGGCAAAUCGCGCUCGGGCCGCAAGGACCGACGACUUGAUGUCAUUGACAAGCUGGAUGUGACGAGUAUCUACGGCACUGGGAUGUUCCACCACGAUGGUCCAUUUGAUGCCUGCAACCCCCAUCGCAAUCGCCGUGGCAUGCGCACCGCGCCUAUGCAAGCCUUCCCCAAAGGUUCUACCAAUAUGGCUUUAGGCGGCACCGGCCCCAACAACUCUAAUAUUGAUCUCAAUCUUUUCCACGGCACGAUGGAGGAAGGCCACAACGACUUCUCCACCGCGGCUCGCCGCAGUGCUGACACAGGCGUCGUAGAUCCCACUGCCCGAGUGGACCCGAUUCAUGGGCCACAGAGUAUGGGACUGGGAACCAGCACGUUCCUCGACGGAGCUCCCGCGAGUCGAUCUGCCAUGGCGCGCCGUCAGAGUGAAAAUGAAAGCAGUCUGGCACAGAAUGGUGGCCUCGCACGAAAGAAGAGUCUGGCUCAGCGGCUACGGGGCCGAGGUGCUGGAUCCGGCCGCAUGUCUUAUUCAAAUGACAACUAUCCUCUAGCUCCCCCACCGCCGAGCUCCAGUUAUUCUGGGUCUGCCCGGACCAAUGAGAGAAGCCCCUACAACGAAGAAGAAGAAUAUGAUGAAGAGUGGGACAGAAAGGGAUCGAGCAUCGAAGCUCGCUUUGAGGGUGGUCGGCUUCGCUCGUCUAGCAGUCCCAAGCAAAUGGAGCGCAAGACCACCAACGACCGACCUUACGAAGAGUCGAAGCUCAACCCUGGUGGUAGUGGGUUCUUGAACCGAAUGAAGAGUCUGCGCAAACCCAAGCCGGAGAGACGGACCAGUGACUGA